AUGUCAUCGAAUGAAAAUAAUCUUCCCGUUGAUACCGAUUACAAUAAUUCAACAACAACAACAUCAUUAUUUUCAAAUGUUAGUCUUUUCGAAACGACACAACGGGGUACAAGUCGAACAUUUAAUAUAGCAUUACUGGUCGGAUGCGUCAGUGCUAGUGUGAUUUUAAUCAUCAUCAUUAUUUAUGCUUUCGUUAAAUAUCGCAAUCGUGAUGAAGGUUCAUAUAAAAUAGAUGAAAGUAAAAACUUUGUUAUCAAUACGCAUUUGGAUAAUCAUGAAAGCGCCGGUUGUGGUGGUAAAAUAACCUCAUCCAAUCAUCACCGGCAGAAACUGCUAACCACGAAUGAACAAAAUGGUGUUGAUUCUCGAGAAUGGUAUGUGUAA